CAUGUAAUGCUGUAAUACCUAGAUACGUGAGUUAUUCGGAGUUUAAAAUGUGGGAGAUGGUGGUUUUAUCGAAAACCUCGUUGUCCAGGAGAACAAGAUGGCAGCAUUGCAGACAGACUGAGCAUGGUGUGGGUACUUGUUAACUCAAUAGCAUGUUCAGAGAAGCUAUGGAUUCUGUCAUUUACUACUGUUAACGUUAUAAAGGUAUGGCCUCACAAGUUUUGGUCUGCCCACCACAUGUUUAUCAAACCCAAACAAGUGCCUUUUGCAGUGUGAGGAAACCUGGAGUUGAACUCAACAGCUGUGUGUUUUAUGGGAGGACCUUGCAGACCUAUAUCAUUGGAGUACAUUUUGGCAUUGCCCAGCCUAUUGACGUCCUCCCUUCAAAGCCAAAAGAGUCAACAUCUUUUAGACCCCUGUGUGGGCAGGACUUAGCUUUGCAGGCAGCUGCGUCCCUGAAAGAAGUACACGGGGAGCUGCUCCAAAAACCACCUCAGAGCCGCCUAGCCAAGGGCUCAGAGGAGCCGGGGGCCAGUAGUGGAGCUUCAAGUGCAGUCAGGCCGGCUAGAGUUGACUGCGGCUGGAGGAGCGGCAGUGGAGGAGGUGUGGAGACAGAAGAGCGCUGUAUAGCCUUGAAUGCGUCAGACAGCCCCUUGCGAUGUGGGCUGAAACGUAAGGGUGGACACCCACAGAACAGUGGGAAAGCCAUGCAGAUAGUAGAGGACAUUUCCAUGAUACCUGCCAUGUUGCAAACUACUGUAGGUAACACCAACACGGUAGGGGGCGUGCCCCCUAAGCAGAACGGGGCUGGGACGGGAGCUCGCAACGCAACAGGAGAUGGGGACUACCAGUUGGUGCAGCAUGAGGUCCUGUGCUCUGCGAAGAACACUUACGAGGUGUUGGAGUUCCUGGGCCGCGGCACCUUCGGGCAGGUGGUAAAGUGUUGGAAGCAAGGCACCGGGGAGGUUGUGGCCGUCAAAAUCCUAAAGAACCACCCGUCGUACGCGCGGCAGGGCCAGAUCGAGGUGGGAAUCCUGGCCCGUCUGAGCGGCGAGAACGCGGAUGAGCACAACCUGGUGCGGGCCUUCGAGUGCUUCCAGCACCGCAGCCACACCUGCCUGGUGUUCGAGAUGCUGGAGCAGAACCUCUAUGACUUCCUGAAGCAGAACAAGUUCAGCCCGCUGCCACUGAAAGUGAUCAGGCCGGUCUUACAGCAGGUGGCCACGGCCCUGAGGAAGCUGAAGAGCCUGGGUCUGAUCCACGCCGACCUGAAGCCAGAGAACAUCAUGCUGGUGGACCCAGUGAGGCAGCCUUAUCGUGUGAAAGUGAUCGACUUCGGCUCGGCCAGCCACGUCUCCAAAGCCGUGUGCUCCACAUACCUGCAGUCACGCUACUACAGAGCCCCAGAGAUCAUCCUGGGCCUGCCGUUCUGUGAGGCCAUCGACAUGUGGUCCCUGGGCUGUGUCAUCGCCGAGCUCUUCCUGGGCUGGCCCCUCUACCCAGGGGCCCUGGAGUAUGACCAGAUUCGCUAUAUAUCUCAGACACAAGGAUUGCCAGGGGAACAACUGCUGAACGUGGGGACCAAGACCUCCCGCUUCUUCUGCAAGGAGUCUGACUCGCCUUAUCCUCCCUGGAGACUGAAGACGACAGAGGAGCAUGAGGCUGAGACUGGGAUGAAAUCCAAAGAAGCCAGGAAGUACAUCUUCAGCUGUCUGGAUGACAUGGCACACGUGAAUCUGGUGCUGAAUAUGGAGGGCAGUGACUUGCUGGCAGAGAAGGCAGACCGGCGGGAGUUUGUGGGGCUGCUGAAGAGCAUGUUGCUGAUUGAUGCUGAGAAGAGGAUCACUCCCCCAGAUGCCCUCAGCCACCCCUUUGUCACCAUGCAGCACCUCCUCGACUUCCCCCACAGCAAUCAUGUGCAGUCCUGUUUCCACAUCAUGGAUGCUUGUCAAUCACGGCCUAACGCUUACGACACAAUCAACCGCAACAAAGUCCUGUUCCCUAGACCUUCUAACGGCUCUGCUGGCCUGCAAAAGGCCUUCAAUAAGAUGGGAUCAGUUCACUCCCAGGUUGCUUUGACACAGUCGGCUCCAUCUGGGAUGCAUCCUGGGAUGCUGCAGACAGCCAACAGUCAGUAUGGGUGCAAUGAGUCCUUUCAGCCAGCUCUCAUCCUCUGCCCUCCCACCAUGCAAGGCAACCCAAACCAGCCGGGAUAUACAGUUAGGGUGGAGAACACGUUACCAAUGGUGACCCAAGCCCCUCCCAUACAGACUCUGCAGAUGCGGCCUGGAGUUCUGGCUCAGCAGCCGUGGUCGGGUAGAGGCCAGCAGAUCCUGGUCCCGGCCUGGCAACAGGUGGCCCCCCCUGCCACCACCAGGGCGUCUGACACUGUGGCUGGCCCACAGAGACUCAGUGACUGGGGGAAGGUACGACAGCACGGCAGCCAUUACAGCAACAUGAUGCAGCCCCAUCUGACCAACCAGAUGACCAUGUCCGGUCCGCAGCCAAUCAACAUCGGCGUUGCCCACGUGGUGUGGCCACAGCCACAGGCCAAUAAAAGGAACCGGCCCAGUCACAACAGGAGCAUUAACUACUCGCACAAAAGCGACACCCAGCUCUCGAAUUGCCGCACUCCGAAGACGGCCGACCGCGUUUACCACGCUGUCGCAGGCGACGGUUCCCACGCAGAGAGGCCCGCGGUGAAGAAGGUAGUGGUUCAGCCGGAGAGGCCGCGCGCAGACGAGGAGGUACGGGCCUGCUGCGAAGUGGCGCACGACAAGCGGACGGAGCCGUCCCGGCAGCGGCCGCCCGGGUCCUCGGCCCUGGACCACCUCCCCAGCCCCACCCUCAGCGUCGUCAGCCUCAGCAGCGACACGGACGGGGAGGAGGAGUCCUCGUGCUUGUGCAGCGGCAGCCCCGACUGUGAGGCCUACGAGGGCUCGGUGAACAUGGAGCGGGCGUGCUCCCUAAGCAGCCCGGACAGCACCCUGAGCACCAGCUCGUCUGCCUCGGUGCGGUCCAGCCCGUCCCCCUGCAAGAGGCCCGACAGCAUGUCCGAGGACGACGGCCACGGGAGCGGCUGCGAGACGGUCGACGGGUCCCCCGCCUCGGACUCUGACCACAGCCCUUACCUGGAGGGCCGAUACCUGGCCAACCACAACCACCAGCCCCCGGACGUUCGGACACGUGGCACGGCCGCCGAGAACAAGGCCAGCAAACCCCCUGUGAAGACCAUGGUGGUGCCCCCAAUGAGGGCUGUGCCCCUCAGCAACAGACCGGCCUUCGAGUUGUCGUGCCAGUCUGCAGGACGCUGCGCCCCCGGUCGGCUGAACCACCAGUCCACGCCCCUCCAUCCCCGCCAGCAGCAGAAGAUGCCCGCGUUCCAGCAGCAGCAGCCCCCAAACUUCGGCCAGGUCCAGCGUUACGACUCCUCCCACAAGGAGUGGAACAGAAACUAUGGGCAGCAACGGCGGCCGCACGCGUACAUCCCUCCCACGCUGCACGGCCACGCCUUCACCCUUCCUCACAACAGCCCCACCCACAGCUCAGGGCCCCACCCGCAGGCCGCCCUGUUUUCCUACCCGCCCUCGGCGCCCGUCGCCCACCUCCUGGCGUCGCCCUGCGCCCAGCGGCCCGUCCUGCAGCCCGCCUAUGGCAUCUCCCACCCGGGCGGCAUCGUCCACCAGGUGACCAUGGGCAUCAACCACCGGCUGCUGCCCUCGCCCACCAUCCACCACCAAGGCCAGUUCAAGCCCAUGUUUCCCCCACACUCCUACAUCACCUCGCCCACCUAUACAGGCUUCCCCCUCAGCCCCACCAAACUCAACCAGUACCCGUACCUAUGAGCGCCAGCCAGCGAGGGACGGCCCGCUGUGACGACGACGACCCGAGGGGCCUUCGCCUGUCGUCUCUCGGGCGAGGGCGGGAACCUCCCUGACCCAAAGAACUCUUGCUAAAUGGCGGUUGAUUUGAACCGUACGCUCAAGAAUCGGUGAACCAUGGAAAAAAUGUCUCCCUUUAAAUGUGUUUUUGCACAUUUGCUCUACCGUGUCAUUUUUGGAUCGAGUAGUGGUUAUUUGAAGCCCCAUUAUAUUGCCUUCUUUCUAGCAGGUGUGCUCGUCACAUUGCUUGUUUCAACCAUCCCAGUCUCCAGUGCUAGGACAGCAGAUGUGUGCCUCCACUUGGUUGAGUCAUUGUGGUGGUGAGGUGUUAACUCGUUUCCUGAUGUCAUCUGUAUUACCAGUGUGUACCGUCAGUGGUCUGGAAAGCUGCAUGUCUGCGCUUGGGCAAAAUGUCUCGGCUUAGUCACUGGCAGGUUAGAUGUAAUUUCUGGGGUGUGUUACUGUCGUCGUUCCUUGUUCCCACGCCUACUAGUGCCUUAAUAUAUGAGGUUGUUAAUGUUUCUUCUCACAUAGAGUAUGUACAUGUACUGGACUGCAGCACUUGAAAUCUCCCUCUUAUUGGCUUAUGCUUAACAAAUAAUCGAAUAAGUCAUGGUUAUUUGUUGUCAUUGUAUUUUUGAUUAGUUCAUCUUAAAAAUGUUUUUGCUGUCAUGAUUUGCAGUGGCAAAUGUUUAUUUGGUUUGAACUUUUCCCGAAUGAACUAAUGUACUAAAGCAGAUUGAAUGUUUGCUAAUACAUUUUUAAUCACGGAGUACUUAAUUACUAACAGUAUUGACACUGCAGUACAAUCUAAAUAUAACCGCUGGUUUGCUGUGUUACUGUAUUUACAGCCUUUUCCAUAAGAUUAACACAGACGUGGGGCAUGGCAUUGACUGUAGACCAAUAUGCAAGUUGCUUGUAGGUGUUUAUGUUAUAAUACUAUGGGAGAAAAAUAAAAUGUCAGUGUUUGCUAUGGCUUAUCCAUCUAGCAACCUACAGUAUAGUUUGCUGGACUAUGUUAGUGCUUGACCAGGUGUAUUGAUUGAUUGCAAUUUUGGGAUUUUUUCUUUUCUUUUUACAUUUUGGUUUUCUUUUGUUGAGGUUUCUUAAUGUUAACUGCCUAUUUUAUACAUUCCGUCAGGGAGGAAAUAUAUUGUGUGAAUUUUUAUAAAUGUUUUAUUGCUAGUGUGCGCAUUAGGGUUUUGUUUUUGUCUCCUUAAUUUCAAUUAGUGUUGCAAAAUUCUGUGAACGUUCAAUAAAUGUCCCUGGUUUUCCAGAAAUACAGGUUGGAGCACUUUUGAUUUCCUGCUUAUUCUCCUGAUUUCAUGAAUCCUCAAAUCGGGAACAUGUUGAAAGUUAACAGAAUUCUACAACGCUACUUUCAAAUGAAAAGGCUUUUUUCUGCACCAAAGACUAUUAUUAAUGUCCUAAGCAAGGUAGCUAGUCUUUUUGUUUUUUUUCAUUGACUUCUAGUAUAUGUUAGUCAUCGAGAUUAAAUAUACUGAGGUUCAUUUUGAGCAUUUUGGGCAAAUUGUAUGAUACAUCUUGAAUGCAUCAUAUAUAAGCUGCUAUGUACUGAUUGCCACUUCAAAAUAGCUGUGAAUUCUGGGGAUUUCUUACUCUGCAUUCUUACUUUUGUAUAGUUUUCAUUACCAUAUCAUUGAUUUGGGGUUUGUUUUAGUAGAGUAUACUUGAGGGGCAUUAAUACUUGUAUGUGCCUCUUUUGCUUUGAAGUUUGAAGUGUGAUUAUAACUACUGUAUUACAAAAUAAUGGAUUUAAACGUUUUACUUUUCUAUUAUGUUUUGGUGUGUACAUAUAGCAUUAGUGUUUUAUCUUACUAAUUAUUGGUUGGGUUUAUUGCAUACAUUUGUUAUGACAGUUUUGUGUGUGAUUUUAGUUAUUGUUCUGUUAACAUACUGAAAGCCUAUAGCUAAUUUGCAUAAUCAUUGAUUGAUUGAAAUGUUUAUAAUACCAUGCAGAUAUAUUUACUGCAACAACUCUAUUUGGUCCUCAUCUGCACAUUGGGUUACAGAGAUGCCUUCACACGUAAUAUUUGUUAUGAAACACAUCACUAAGCACUUGUUUAAUUCUCUUAGCUCAUCAGGUUUUGGUUAGGGCAAAAUCCCACAAACUUUUAUGGAAUUGCUGUGGUCUAUGAACUGAUUCAUGUUUUCUAGCCGUCUAUUUUAAGCCUAAGAAAAUGUUCUGCUCCCACUUUUUGUAUCUAAAGUGUAUUGUGACAGAUUUUCUGCAGAUUAUUCUUACCUAUAACCGUAGUUGAUCGAUUGAGGCAAAUGGGUGUGAAUUAUUUAAAUGUUUCCGUCAUACCUCAUUUAUCCAAAUCAAAUUAUGACAGGUUAUUGUUUUCCCCUUUCCAAUCAUGCCUACCCCUUUUGUAGUCUCUUACAUUACUAUCAGACACACAAACAGAUGUUGUCUCUCUCUGACAAUGUGUUCAACUAGUGCCUUUUCAAGUUUGUGGUCCAAUGACAAACUUGGUUGAUAACUCAAUCACAGUCACAUUUCCUGCUGAGGCGAGGGGUGGCAAUGGGUUUAGAUGUGGAUCAAUUAUCCACGACCGAAUGCUGUAUUUCACAUCAGAACAAUAGGCUGUUGAGCUUAAGAAUCCUUGUGUUUUAUAAGGACUUCAGCAGUCUGUCACCGUUUUGCGUAUUUGCCACCAAGUGAGAAUGCUUUUGAACUUGCAUUUACAUCCUAUUGGAGUUGACAAAUAUAAUGCAUUCUCUCUGACAAGCUUUGUGGGUGCUGGUUUCUAUCUUCAGUUCACAACGGCCGUGUUCAUCUCUACCCAUAUGGUCUGAAUCAAUUUUUCUACAGAAUAUUUCAAAUAAAAUGUUACUCUCAAAUCAGGGAAUAUUUUUAGAUUUCAAACACCCAAGUCACAGUUUUGUAUCUUAUUGGACUUACACAAAAGCAAAGCUUUACAUACACUGUGAAUGUAUUUGUGGAGUAGAAUUUUUUUUUUGGUUUGCAGAUAUCAAAAUGUUUUCUUGCCGUUUUUGAUGGCUAAUUGUGAAUAGGAUAAAACUUCCAUAUAGCAGCCAUCUGUUUGGAUUGAUCACUGGUCUGUAUUUGCUUUAACAACCCACAUACACAAAGAUUAGGUCCAAAGUUAUCGCUUCUUGAGUCUAUACUGCGACUAAUGUGUUAUUUUAUGACUUUCUAUGAUUAAUUCAGGGUCUUUUGUAUUGUCCAAUAUGCUACUGUAUUAAUCUUCAAUCCUGACCAGUUGGUUUUGAUUGCAUUGGAUCUUGUUUGCAGUAAUUUCGUGUUAGUCAAAUUGAUAUUACACUUCAAGUUAUUGGGUAAUUUAUGUAAGAUACAGCAUCUAGACUUUAUAGCUAAAUUGGAACUGUUACUGUUUUAAUGUGUAGUUUUUGUGGUUUUAUGAUUUUUGUUUGCGCUAGAUUUUUAAGCUACACUAGUUUGCCAUGUAGCAACUGCACUGUGCAAUAUUCAAUAUGAGGACUGGGAAAAUGAUUAUUUUGGAUGUUAUGUCUCUUACAGUUUGCGGUCAUAUUUCUCUCUAGUUCUCAGUGAUUUCAAUGUGACCAAGCCUUAUGUACUUUGUCACAAAAAGCGGGUUUUCCUGGUGACUUGUGUGUCAAAUUAAGAAUUGAUGGUGUAUUAUUGUCAAGAUUCACUUUGAAUUAAAAAAAAAAAUAUCCAUU